AUGCACGACGAGUUCCAGUUGAUCGCUCGCAUCCCGUACCCCGUCACAGUCCCCAGGUUCUACACCGUUGCCAGCGAGGUUGCCACGAUGCGCUUCCUCCGCGCCAAGGGCCUGCCAGUGCCAGAGGUGUACGCCUACUCUGCCACGUCGGACAACGUGGUGGGGACGGAGUACAUCUUUAUGGAGUUCGUCAAGGGUCUGAAGCUCACAGACGUGUGGAUGGGGCUGAAGGAAGCGGAUCUCGCCUCCAUUAUGCGUCAGGUUGUCGAGCUCGAGUGUCGCAUCAUGUCGAUUCCCUUUCCGGCCGGUGGCAGCCUCUACUAUGCCGACGACCUGGAGCAGAUGACAAGGAGGAUGACGAAUAUCACCCCAAUGCCGCUCGACGACGAGCGCUUCUGCGUCGGCCCAGAUGUGCGCUUGCACAUGUGGUAUGGGCGGAGGUCGCAGCUCGAUGUGGAUCGAGGCCCGUACGAAGACACGGCGGGUGUACUCGCAGCAGCCGCACGUAAAGAAAUUGCAUAUCUGCAACGCUUCGGUCAAGCGCUGCUCCCGUUCCAACGCGCGAGGAGGGAGGCCUAUAAGCACAAGAAGCAAUCCCCCGUGGAUCAUAUCGAAAAUCUCGAGCGCUACCUUCGCAUGGCCCCCUUGCUCGUCCCCGAAGACCCAUCCCUCCAUGCGUUUCGUAUCCGCCAUCCUGACCUCCACCCCAGCAACGUGAUGGUAUCGGCCUCGCCAGACUCUGGCCCCUUGGAGAUCGUCGGCCUACUCGACUGGCAACACACUUCCAUCUUGCCCCUAUUCCUCCACGCCGGCAUACCAGGUCGCCUGCAGAACUACGGCGACCCGGUCUCGGAGUACCUCAUCCCACCGUCGCUGCCGGCGAACGCGAGCACACUGGACGAAGACGAGCUGAUAGCGGCACUCGGACGCCACCACGCCCGUCUCGUGCACUUCCACUACGCCAAGAGCACAAAGAAGCUCAACACGCGCCACCACGACGCCCUAUUGGACCCGGUGUCUCUCUUCGCCCGUCGCCUCUUUGACCGAGCCGGUGCGCCCUGGGAGGGCGAGACGCACGACCUGAAGGCGCUGCUAGUCGAGGCGACGGAGAGAUGGGACGCGCUUGCGGGGGCGGGUGUGCCGUGUCCGGUCGAGUUCGAAGCCGACGACGUACGCAAAACGAAGGAGUUUAGCGAACGGCUGCAGCUGUCCGACGAGAACUUCGAGACCGUGCAAGCAGCGAUCGGUUUUGAGACGGAGACGUGGGUGCCUACCGAGCACUACGAGCUCGCCAAGGCCCGCGCCGCGAUUCUGAAACAGGCUGUUUUCGAGCAAAUUCCGGAAGGGGAGGAGCGAGACAAGUUUCUGGCGAAUUGGUUCUUGGACGACAUGGACGAGGAGGAUUAUUUGUGA